ACGGAUACUGUCCAAGUUUCGCAAAAUUUCUUGGCCGUUUUCCAGCAGGCCGAUUUCAAAAUUACAGCGGAUUGAUAAACAGUCUGAGAUUGCGGCCAAUGAAACCGCGAUGUUCAAGAACGUCUCGCAGACCGGGUUUCUGUCUAUACUUUAUAGCUUGGACUUAAAGCCGCUCGAUCUUUGGGAGAGACGAGCUGGAAAUGGACACAUUAAGCGUAUAGUCGAUAACGAUAUCCAGAGUCUAGUACUGGAUGUGGCUGGCACUAAUCCGAACUCCACCUAUCUGGCAUGUCCCGGAAAUCCAAACAAGACGCUGGGCAUUAGGCUUCCAUUCCUCGUACUGAUCGUCAAGAACAUAAAUAAGUACUUUUCCUUCGAGGUUCAGAUUUUGGAUGACAAGAGGGUGAAACGUCGCUUUCGUGCCAGCAAUUAUCAGUCGACGUCCCGAGUAAAACCCUUCCUAUGCACGAUGCCCAUGCGCUUGGACGAGGGUUGGAACCAGGUUAUCUUCGAUUUGGCCGAGUUCACCCAUCGGGCCUAUGGCACAAAAUACACGGAGACUCUGCGCAUACAGGUGCACGCUAAUUGCCGCAUUCGACGCAUCUUUUUCACGGAUCGACACUACAAGGAGGAAGAGUUGCCGACGGACUUCAAAUUGUACCUGCCGAGUCCGAAAUUCUUACAAAAAUCAAAGAGCGUAUGCAACUAACCCAUGUCUGUCCAACACAUUCGAGACACAAAUAUAUCUUUUAUUGAAAUAGCCAACAUAUAUUAUCACUGAAAAAGUGAAAAUAUAUUUCAAUAUUCUAUAAAUUGAA